UAUCAGUCGACAGCCCAGACAUGAGUUCAUUGUUGACACUCAUUGAUAGUCAAUCUCUUCAUUAAUUUGUUCAAACAGUUAGUCUAAUCAUUGUUUUUCAUAUAAUAUAUAUAUAUUGACGUCAAAUGCUGUACCAAAUGUGUGAUAGUAGACAACAAUUGACACAAAUUACUUAAUUUGGUUUCAAGAAAAAAAGCCAAACACUUGUUAAUCAAUAAUACUCAAUACAAACAAGUUUUGUCAGCUCAAGACACUCAACACAAAUAUAACUCAUUACUUGUCCAUCGAUGAUGAUGUCAGACGAUCGCAACUUUCGCUACUUUUACUACGAGAAGGUUGGCUUCCGUGGCGUUGAAGAGAAGAAGUCAUUGGAUAUACUUUUGACUGAAAAACCUAACGAUUUGUUGUCCAAAUUGUCUGCAUUUGCCCAUCGCUUCCCAAUCCCGGGAAUGUAUCGCAAACUUAUUUGGAAACUACUUUUGGAUGUCAUGACUGUCAACGAAUUGCAGUCUAAUUCAGUGGACAACUCUUUUGUCUGUCGAGAACAACUACACCAUUGCUAUGACCUGAGACGUGCUCUCGAGAUAAUGCUUUACACCGACAACAGUACCGGACAUUCAAAGCUUAUGGUUUUGAUGUAUUUCCUUGAAUUUGCGGAAUUAAACAUUAAUAUCGACAAACAGUUUCAAACAAAUGAAGUCAAAGAUCUACUAAUGAUUAGCGAUGUUUUUGCCAAAGAAUUUAUUGACGAUAAAAACAAAGCUGAAGACAAUAUCGAUGAUAUUUAUUGGUUAUUCAGAAAUCUUAUAUCAACCGUCAGAAACAACUUUUACGCACUCAUUGAUACUUAUGAAAAAUUUAUCAAUUGUUUGGCUCAAGAGGAUCGCAGUCUUCACUGCCAUUUAGUCAAAAUAGGUAUAAUUAAAGUACAAACUAAUCAAAUACCGACAAAUUCUUGUGUUAAACUAAAUUACAAGAAAUACAAUACUGAAGAAUAUCGACCUAUUAUUACAUGGUUUGUCAGGUUUUAUGCGGGUAUUAUUGAUCAUCACUGUCUCAUUAGAAUAUUUGACAAAGUUAUCGGUGCAUUAAUUUACGGGAACCGACCGUUUGCAGUGUUGGGCUCAUUAGGAAAGGCCGUAUUAUCUCAAUUAAGAACUGAAUUAUUAAAUAUGAAUACAUGUGAAGACAUUACAAAACGUUUACUAACACCCUUAACAUUGGAACAGUCAGAGGAAGUCGUUAUUAAAGCGUUGACGCCUUAAGAAAUCAUUAAAUAUGUUAGAUAUAACUAUAGACUAAAUUGUAAUAUUUGUUAAUUUCUUAAAAUUAAUUAUAUAUAAAGUCUAUA